AAUCAGUCACACUGUUGAUAAUUUUCUCAAAAAAGCAAUUUAUUUUAUUCAGAGAAUAUGAAGAUCCUCACUUCUACAAUAUAUUUAGCCAUGGCGAUUUUUCUUUAUUCUAUUGAAACAAGUUCACCAGCGAAGCGGAAAUCGAAAGUACAUCCUGCUCCGCAAGAAUAUAUAUUUCGUGACGUUUACACCAAAAAUAGAGACGGUACCCUUAGUAGCCUCAGAGGAAAGUAUUUUGCGGGAACACGAGAAGGUUUCAUCAUUGGCAUAGAAGCCCACGGAGAUCGUUUUCUUUAUCCAAUAUAUAGUCAUCAUUCCGAAGUAAUGGCAAUACGCACAAAUGACAACUUUCGUAUUAAAAUACCGGCUGGUUUAGCUCAUGGUCUUAUUGUGGGAAAUGUACGAGUGCCUAAAGCAUCAUCUGGUAUUAUAGUCAUUUUUGUGUGACAAUACAAAAAAAAAUUUGUCCUCUCCAAUCUAUGGAACUCAAUCUGGGACUGUCUGGGACUCUUAAACGAACAUCAAAAUGAUAUAAAAAUUAAAAACCAUCU